UAAGCAACGGAGCGCGGUGAAGUCCAUUUUUCUCCUGCCUCGCAGCCGCGCCGGGGAGCUCGCGGCGCGCGGCCCCUCCACUCCGGCCCGAGAUGACUGCUGCGGCAGAAGCCGAGUUCAACAUCCUCUUGGCCACCGACUCCUACAAGGUUACUCACUAUAAACAAUACCCACCCAACACAAGCAAAGUUUAUUCCUACUUUGAAUGCCGUGAAAAGAAGACAGAAAACUCCAAAGUAAGGAAGGUGAAAUACGAGGAAACAGUAUUUUAUGGGUUGCAGUACAUUCUUAAUAAGUACUUAAAAGGCAAAGUAGUGACCAAAGAGAAAAUCCAGGAAGCCAAAGAGGUCUACAGAGAACAUUUCCAAGAUGAUGUCUUUAAUGAAAAGGGAUGGAACUACAUUCUGGAGAAAUACGACGGGCAUCUUCCAAUAGAAGUCAAGGCUGUUCCUGAGGGCUCCGUGGUUCCCAGAGGAAACGUCCUCUUCACAGUGGAGAACACAGACCCCGAGUGCUACUGGCUCACAAACUGGAUUGAGACUAUUCUUGUUCAGUCCUGGUAUCCAAUCACAGUGGCUACAAAUUCUAGAGAGCAGAAGAAAAUAUUGGCCAAAUAUUUGCUAGAAACUUCCGGUAACUUAGAUGGUCUGGAAUACAAGUUACAUGAUUUUGGCUACAGAGGAGUCUCUUCUCAAGAGACUGCUGGCAUAGGAGCAUCUGCUCAUUUGGUUAACUUCAAAGGAACAGAUACAGUAGCAGGAAUUGCUCUGAUUAAAAAAUACUACGGGACAAAAGAUCCCAUUCCGGGCUAUUCUCUGCCAGCAGCGGAACACAGUACCAUAACAGCUUGGGGGAAAGACCAUGAAAAAGAUGCAUUUGAACAUAUAGUAACACAGUUUUCCUCAGUGCCUGUAUCUGUGGUCAGCGACAGCUAUGACAUCUAUAAUGCGUGUGAGAAAAUAUGGGGAGAAGACCUAAGACAUUUAAUAGUAUCAAGAAGUACAGAGGCACCACUAAUAAUCAGACCUGAUUCUGGAAAUCCUCUUGACACUGUAUUAAAGGUUUUGGAUAUUUUAGGUAAGAAAUUUCCUGUUGUUGAGAAUUCGAAAGGCUACAAGUUGCUGCCACCGUAUCUUAGAGUUAUUCAAGGGGAUGGAGUGGAUAUUAAUACCUUACAAGAGAUUGUAGAAGGCAUGAAACAAAAAAAGUGGAGUAUUGAAAAUAUUGCCUUCGGCUCUGGUGGAGCUUUGCUACAGAAGUUGACAAGAGACCUCUUGAAUUGUUCCUUCAAGUGUAGUUACGUUGUAACCAACGGUCUCGGGAUUAAUGUCUUCAAGGACCCGGUCGCUGAUCCCAACAAAAGGUCCAAAAAGGGCCGCUUAUCUUUGCAUAGGACACCAGCGGGGAAUUUUGUUACACUGGAAGAAGGAAAGGGAGACCUUGAAGAAUACGGUCAUGAUCUUCUCCAUACUGUCUUCAAGAAUGGGAAGGUGACAAAAAGCUAUUCCUUUGAUGAAGUAAGGAAAAACGCACGGCUGAAUAUUGAACUGGAAGCAGAUCCUCAUUAGGCUCUGUCUUAGGAUGGGCAUGUGUGGCUGCGUGUGUAUGCGUGCGCCUGCACGCAUGCGUACACCUGUGUGUAUGUAGUACAUGAUGUUUAUUGUACAGAUGCCUGAGGUUUCUUUGUGUUUUAUGAUACAUUACAGCCAAAUUAUUUGUUGGUUUAUGGACACACUGCCCUUUUUGGUUUUUUGGUUUUGUUUUUUUUUCCAGUGUUUAGGUGAUCUCAAGUUAGGAAACACACAUAACCAUGUAAAAAAGAUUAAUGCUAAAGCAAGCUUUUUAGGGCCCUUUGCCAAUAGAUAGUAAUUCAAUCUGGUAUUGAUCUUUUCACAAAUAACAGAACCGAGAAACUUUUAUAUAUAACUGAAGAUCACAUAAAACAGAUUUGCAUAAAAUUAUCAUGAUUGCUUUAUGUUUAUAUUUAACUUGUAUUUUUGUACAAACAAGAUUGUGUAAGAUAUAUUUAAAGUUUCAGUGAUUUAACAGUCUUUCCAACUUUUCAUGAUUUUUAUGAGCACAGACUUUCAAGAAAAUACUUGAAAAUAAAUUACAUUGCCUUUUGUCCAUUAAUCAGCAAAUAAAACAUGGCCUUAACAAAGUCGUUUGUGUUAUUGUACAAUUUGAAAAUUAUGUCAGGACAUACCCUUUAGAAUCACCAUCUUCACUGCCCCUUGUAGAAUAUGUACUAAUCAUUCUACACUGAAGAAAAUAAUGGUUCUUACUGGAAUGUCAAGGCACUGUACAGUUAUUAUAUACUUGGGUCAUUGUAUUGUACCAGUGAAAUGCCAAAUUUGAAAGGCCUGUACUGCAAUUUUAUAUGUCACAUUGCCUGUGGCUCUAUUAUGCACCUCAAGAUUUUAAGGAGAUGUUUUUAGAGAGAAUUUCUGCUUCCACUAUAGAAUAUAUACAAAAUGUAAAAUAUUGACAAAAGUGGAAGUAGUGUAUUUUAAAGUAAUUACACUUCUGAAUUUAUUUUUCAUAUUGUAUAGUUGUUAUGACUUAAAUGAAUUACUGGAGUGGGUAGUGAGUAUACUUAUUUUAAAUGUUUUGAUUGUUAUAUUUUUAAGUUUUUAAAAAAUUAAAUUGGAUAUUAAAUUGUAUGGACAUCCUUUAUUAAUUUUAAAUCAGAUCCCUUAAUAAGUAACACUCAAGCAAGUUUUUUAAAGAAGGUAGACUGUCUACAGUUAGUACAAUGGUGAGUUCUAAUGGAAAAUCAGGUUGAGCUACUGCAGUGUUCAGUGCCAGAAAGUUCUAGCGUGACUGAGUGCCAGACUCUGAGUCAUCACGUCUGACUGGAGGGAGACCUGUUUUUUCCAAAUGGUCCUUUUCUAUAGUUAAGUCUGUGUGCUGAGGUAGGAGUAGGAGUGGGCCAGGUGGGGCCACCGGCCAGGUUUGGCAGAGAGGAAGUGGUUGCAGUGGACACCAAGUGGUCUAUAAAACCUGGCCCCCUUGAACAAAGUCACACAAAAGUUCACAAUCCCUCUAAGACAAAGAAUGUGCCUUGCAUUUUAAGAGAAAUGUUGAUUUACAGGAAGGGUCUCAGUCAUUAAUACUAAGUCACUCUCUUUGGUCCUUUUCUUUCUCAUUUAAGAGUCUGACACCAGAAGACUGAUGUAGAAAAACCUUCACAACAUGACAUUAAAUGUGAAAUUUUUAAAACUGAAAAGCCAUAAGUCAUCUGUCUUAAAACAAUUACACGAGAAUCUGUCAACAUUAGAAUCGAGUUACAGAAGGCAUUUCCUAAGUGGUGUUAGGAGGAAGAUAGGUUUUUGCAGAUGAUUCUAUAAAGAGCUACUUAGAACAGUAAGCAUCAUUUACCUUUUUUCUUGUUUAAAUUUUAUUUGUAUCACGUACUUUAGUAGAGAGUCUCCAUCCUGUAAUCCCUAAUAGGAACCACUUUAAAUACAUUUUUAAAAUUAGGUUAAAGAUUAGAAGUAUUAACAAGAACAUACCUUUCUUCAUGCAGUGUGCUAAGGGGCUUAUAAACAAGAGAAACACUAUUGCCAGUAACAAGCUGCCUGACAACCACCCAUAAUUUCGUCUCUGCUUAAACACUGGAGUUAAUACCACAGACAGUAUUCUUUGUGUUCUGUGUCACCAGCUUCAAGGUAUCUAGAGGAGUUUGAUCUGGAAACUUGGAGCGAAUGCUAAAAGCUGUACAAUGGUACAUGACCAUAGAUUAGGACUCGGAACCAGGUAGUCCUAUGUCGGUCACUAAGCACUUAGUGUUUGACCGUCCCUAUGCUAGGCAUCAGGUGGCUACAGGAAUGUCAGCAACUCUGCUGUGUUGCCCCAAAAUUAGCCUGACUCUUCCAGACUAAAACAAGUGGCGUGUGGGUUUAAAACACUAGAUUUGUAGUUCAUAGUAAUUCCUCCUCUACCCUCUUUCAUAGGAUUUUAAAUAGGAAGUAGGUGUUCUGUGUAAAGACUCUUAAUUUAUUUGUAUCCUAUACUUAUGCGUAAAAUGGUUUUUACAAUUAUCCCUUAUUUCCUUUCUUGAAAUAAGUUAUAAAAUUUUUUAUAAUGAAAUUCAUCUUGAAAAAAUUAGAGAAAAAUGGCAAGGUAUUUAUUGUUUUGUUUGCCAUGACAAUUUAGAACUCAUAACCAAAUAUUUCGUAGUUUCACAUUCCUUUUUAACCCACCUAGUGGAGAAUGUCAGCUUUUCUCCCAAGUUGUAUGUCAAAUUCAUUCUAGUAUGUACUCAACAUCCAAGGUAAACAUGUAAUAAACAUGGAAAUAAAGUUUUAGCUCUAUUAGUCAAAUGCUAAA